UAGCGGACAGCCGUUUUCUACCGUUAGGCUGAGGAGUUUGACAUCGGUGGACCCCGUUAGCUAAAUCACCGGAUACCGGCUUUACACUUUACAUGGAGCCCUGGAACAGCUGUUCUAACGUUGAGUCGUAGUUGACAACUGUCUUGAUUUAAUGGAUUAACUUCGGCGUUAAUUUGACAGCAUUAGCUUGUCUUUUGCUGUUGCUAAGUUAGUUAGCUAGCCAGUUAGCUAACUGUAGCGCAUAAGCUAGCGUGACUAACGUUACGUCCGCAGGAGAACAUUCUGCCUUGGAGGAAGGAAGGGAGGAAAUUGAUAAGUAGGAUCACUGCGCACCGCUGCUUAUGCAAAGCUAGCAUACUUUUUGCUCUCCCGAGUUCACGCACUGUGACGCAUUUAGAAAAGGUGACUAUCUGUGCACCCUGUGUGACAUUUAACACAGUUUGGUUAAUAAGAUUGCUGUUAGUUGGCACAGCUAGCUGUCAACAACAACAGCCCUCUUGGCUAGCUGAGUAGCGGACGAGAGCUAGCAGGCUAGCCACAAACUUUUAAAGAAGUUGUAUAAGUCAGAUUCACUUCUCUGGCUGGUUUAGGCUAACAAGUAAACCGGUGUUUUAGCUUCUCUUUGUCGGACUUUUCCCACUCUGAGCCGCUCUAGCUUUAGGGCGACAGGAGAAGCUCAUGGCAUCGGAUGUGAUUGAGAGUGAAGCGGUGCUGAAGGGUGUAAGUGAAAUGAAUUUGAACAAUAGCAGCCCAGAUUUCGGCACACCCAGCAGGACUCAUGAGGAGCUGGGAAACAGACACACGUCUAGCCCGUCAUCUUCGGGAGUGUCAGGAGAAGGUGACGAGGAGGAACUAGAGGAGUUGGAAAACAGCACGGCGUCUACAAUUGAAAAUGGCGAAGAGGCACUUCAAGAGAGUCUAACCAAAACAAGAGGUACGCCACAGGAAAGGACAAAUCCAGACAAUGAGCAGACACAGCCGGGAGCAACAAGCUCUACUCCGGUGAGCCUUCCCCAGCCACGCUCACCUCCUGGACCCAUUGGAAGCCUGGAGCGCCAAGAGUCAGUCGCCACGACAGAAGCUCGCCUAAGAAUGGAAGGGGUUGAACUGAAGGAGGAGUGGCAGGAUGAGGACUUUCCACGGCCCCUACCAGAGGAAGAGGAGCUGGAAGACGAGCUUUUUGCAGGAACCUCUGAGGAGACAGAUCCUGGCUAUGCAAUGGACCAUGGCAAGAAGGCAAAGAAGAAGCUUGCAGCUCCAGACAUCAGUCUUACACUGGACCGCAGCGAAGGUUCUCUUCUGUCUGAUGAGCUGGAUGAAAGCACAGAGCUGGACCUCGAUGACAUAGACACACCUUCAGACAACAGCAAUGAGUUUGAAUGGGAAGACGAUCUCCCCAAGCCAAAAACUACAGAACUACUGCAGAAGGGCGUGGAGUCAGUCCAGGAGUACUCUGCCUUGGACGAGAGAGAGGAGGGACGACGCUGGAGGGUGUUUCGUAUCGGAGACCAGGAGCACAGAGUGGACAUGAAGGCCAUUGAACCUUACAAGAGGGUUAUCAGCCAUGGAGGUUACUAUGGAGAUGGCCUGAAUGCCAUAAUUGUGUUUGCUGUGUGCUUUAUGCCUGAGAGCAAUCAACCAAAUUACAGAUACAUCAUGGACAAUUUAUUCAAAUAUGUCAUCGGCACACUGGAGCUUUUGGUUGCAGAGAACUAUAUGAUUGUGUAUUUGAACGGGGCAACCUCUCGGAAAAAGAUGCCGACCGUCGGCUGGCUCAGAAAGUGUUAUCAGCAGAUUGAUAGGAGGUUAAGGAAGAACUUGAAGUCUUUGAUAAUUGUCCAUCCCUCUUGGUUUAUUCGCACCCUGCUGGCACUCACAAAACCUUUCAUAAGCUCCAAAUUUAGUCAGAAAAUCAAGUAUGUGUUCAGCUUGACGGACCUCGCAGAACUAGUUCCAAUGGAGUAUGUGUCCAUACCAGAUUGUAUCAAACAGUUUGACGACGAAAAAAAUAGGAAAAGCCGUAAAAGGUAUAUGCACUUUCACCCAGGGUCAGUCUCAGCCUUUUUUUUUGUUUUCUUUUGUUUUGUUUUGCAUUUCACAAAACUAACAAGGAAAUGAUCCAUUGGCUUUCAGAAAUGCACCAAUACACCUCAUUGUGUCCCACGUGUUAUUAGUCGGAUGAUUACCUUCUGGCCGAAAUGAACAACUUUCCUCUUUCCUCUCUUUCAAAAUGAUUUUGGCUCUUCAAAGCAGGCUGAGGAGCUGGUUGAUUGGUUUCCAAAAAUAGGUGGCUUGGUGAUUGUUUAACCAACUCAUUCCCAUUUCUGAGCCAAUUCUGUGAAGUUCAUUUCAAAGUCAACUCUUGUUAAAUUUGUUCUCUAUUUAUCAUCGCACAAUAAUAUCAGCUAUCUGAAUGUGGUUUUAAAUGUACCUGUGUAGCCCAUUUUAUAGCCCAGGUACUGUCUUCACUGUGAUGCUGAAUUAUUAAUUUAUGUGAAGAACAAUUUAGAAUAGUUUUAAGAUAAAUUAUUGCAUUUCUGAUUUCUGAUACUAAAGUUGGGGCAUCAAGUGGCACUUACCUGCAUGUGUCUCUUUAAAAACCAGGUUUAGAAUGUGAUGUGGUUGAUGUUGGGUAAGUGUGUUCAUGUUUGUGGAACAACAGGGAAGUAGGUUGUCCUAGUCACUGUGGUUUUGUGGUUGCACCGUAACCAUGUCCUCACAUGGUCCCCCCCCCCCCCCCAAAAUUCAGUAACUCGCUCUCACUGAACACUCGGCUUGUCCACUCUCACAGCUCUUUGCAUGACUCACUGCAAACCCACUCCCAGCUGAUGUUUAGCAAUCACCACAAACCUUCUGUCAGCCUGGCUCAUGCACACAGAAAUCUUCUGCUCUUUACUGAGAAGUAGUGGGCGUGAGGUUAUUAAGCUGCAGAUACGUCGUGGCAUGUUAGAAGAUUAGAAAAGUAAUAACCACGGGGUUGUAGAGGAGACUCGGUAUUGCGUUUACAACACUGCUACAACUAGUUGCACUACUCUUGCUGGGUGCAUGAAGUUGAGCGGCAAACUUGCAAGACAAAUGCGCUGAAACCUCACACAUCGACAUGGAAAAAUUACAUAUUUUAAGCACAAAGGUUGUACUUAUCUGUGCUGCAGAUAAUGAACGCAGCCUGUUCUCUGACAUUGAUUCAGGGCUUCUUCACUACAUAUUACAAUUACACAGUAGUGCGUUUGUCUUGCAAGGUUUCAAGGGAAGUAAUAACCUCAUAAUAAUACAACUGAUAUUGGUGGUUUGUAUUGCCCAAAUGUUUACUGUGCUGUCAGUAAAAAGAACAUGGAUCAUAUUAGGCAGAAUUUGUAUCCAGUUAGUGAAGUAUGCUGAACAUCUGGUAAGUAAAAAACAAAGAAAUAGAAAUGCUCUCUCACUCUAAGAAAUCCCUUUGUAGUGGUGUGAAGGUAAUGAUUACAUAGCAGGAUAUGAAUAUGUGAACAAUGUGUUAAUAAGCAGUGUAGUAACCUGUUGGUGCUUUGAUCAUUAGUUAUCAUAGCCCUGUUGGACGGCACCCCAGUCACACAGAUGUCUGACGGCUGUCGAAUCUGUCCACAGAAUCGACCAGGACAUGCACGGCAAAGUGGAGGUCGCAGCUGCUGCUGUUCCAGAGUGACCCUGCUCGCACUGCAAGAUGUGGAGGCGGAGAAUAUUUUCCAGCAGCCACUCUUUAUGUUUAUGUUCUGGGCAACGUGACUGAAGCGCUUCGCAUCAAGAAAGUGCCUUUUUGAAACUGUGCUGCCUGUUACAUUGUGGAACUUUUUACAAGCUUGAUCUUCAGCGUUUUUUUCCCAAAUGCUGGCUGAAAUGUUUUUAAUCUUUUCUUUUUCUUUAAUUUUUUUUUUAUCUACUGCUGGUAUAUCAUGUCAAACUUAGUUACUUAUUGGUGUUCCCUAGUUACUGGUGUAAUCUACACGUUAUUUAAGGCACUCUGUUACAAAUGGUUGAUGCAUGUUCUGCUUUAUUACAUUUAAAUAUAUAUUUAUAUUCAAAAGGUGACAAAGGAGAGAAAUUAAUAUAUUUUUAUGGUUGCUCUGAUUUUUAAACUGCAUUUUAGGUUCCUGACCAGUCGAGUGGCAUUUCAUAGAACAAGUGUUUGACAGCACCUUUUUUUUUUUUUUUUUUUUUUUUGUU